AUGAAUCACACACUGGUCUCAUGGUUUAGAACUCUAUCAUAUACAACAAGAACUGUAUGUUUGAUACACAUAAUACAUUUGCACCUUUAUGAGUUUACAGAAACAAGAGGAGAGUCAAUGAUUCCAACCAUUGCAGCAUCAAAUGAUUAUGUACACGCACUAAAGAAGUAUCAGAACGGUAAAGGGGUGAAAAUGGGUGAUUGUAUAGUAGCUGUGAAGCCAACUGAUCCUUCCCAAAGAGUUUGCAAAAGGAUUACAGGAAUGCCUGGCGAUAUUAUUUUGGUAGAUCCUAGUAUGGGAUCACCACAAAACUACAGGGCUGAAGAAUUGGACAGCGAAGCACUAAGCCAAAUGGAAGAGUGUUUCAAUUCAUAUCUUCGGGUUCCUGAUGGGCAUGUAUGGGUUACAGGAGAUAAUCUUUCGCAUUCUUUAGAUUCUAGAAGUUACAAUUCUCUUCCAAUGGGACUUAUUAGAGGUAAAAUAGUAGCUGCGAAUGACUUCAAUAAUCCAUUCUGGGGAGGUGAAAAGGGUAACUUCUGGGGAUUCAGGCGAAUUGAGAAUACUUACAUUAGAGAGGAUAAAUAG